AUGCUCCUUCGUCCUCCAGGAAUUGUCACAACAUGUCUGCUUACUCAAGCUCAGUCGGGCGGCUACUUUGUCUCUUCCGGGCGACUUCUUGACUUACAAGUGCUCCCUUCCUCUGAGCACGACGCACGCCAGUCCCUUCUGCUUGCGCCUGGGACCGUGGUCUCGUGUCGUCCAUGUGGCUAUUUACAGGCGCCAGUACGUCAAAUUUGGUUUAGUGGACCGCCUUGA